AUGUAGUCCUCUCAUCCCUCUCCAGUUGACAAAGAUAAAAAAAUUAAAAUCAUGGAUGAAUUAAUUAAGACAAAUUAAAAACAUAUUGAUCAUUUAAAGCAAACCAUUACACAAUUAAAAAAAGUAUUAAUAGAAAUAUUUACAAUCUAGCAAUUAUAAUUUGAAUAGAAGAGAAACUUAGAUCUAGAAAAGGAUAAUACAACCUUAAAGGAUUAGAUUAAAAAGCUUCUUUCAAAGCCUACGUUACAUUCCCAAUUCACAUAAACAUCACAUGAAAUUCAUCGAAGAGAUUCUAAGCAAUAAUCUAUAAAAGAAGAUCAUCAACCUUUCAGUGCCUCAAAAAAUACCCAAAAAUCUGAAAUUGAUUAGACUUAGCCUAAAUAACAAAUAAUUAAUCAAGUUUCUCCUUUAAAGCAAGAAAUCAAGAAAAUCCCAAAACUAGAUCUUAAAAUAGAUGUUAAUUCAGCUCUUUAAAGACAAUAGAGCGGACCUAUUAGUAGUGUCAAAAAAUCUUAAACUUAUUUACAUGGUUUAACCAACAUUAAAUUGAUUGAUGCCAUUAAGGAAAGAAUUCCAGAGAAAUCUAAUAGGAUUGUAAUAUAAUGAUUUAUAAAUUUUAGGUUUAAGCUACUGGAGAUAGGAAUAGUUAAAUGAGAAAGUCUUUGAUGUUCAAUUUUUAGAAUAAUAAAUCAACUAUUAUUGAUUGUGAAAAUUCAGAAGAUUAAGAUAUUCACAAAAGUAGAAAUUCUGAUGGAAAAAAAUAAUAGUUUAUUGAAUCUAUUGAAGAAUAUAGAAUGGAAACUAUGGAAGUAUCUGCCUUAUAAUAGCCUGCCUAUAAUUUGUAUGAAAAAUUUUAUAUCAUGGGUUGUGAGAAGAAGGAAUUUUUAGAAUUUGAUAAUGAUCCAAAUAUUAAAGAAGGUAUUCUACCUGCUAAUAUUUUAUUUAAAAGUGACUCGACAAAAACGUAAACUUCAUUCACUUUAUUAGACCUAUUUAUGAAGAGAUUAUUAAUGGUUUUGUUUAUCCAUUUGGAAAUCAAGUUGAAAAAAUCAAAGUUAAUGAUUCAUUUAGAAAAUUAAAAGAGUAUCUAAAAUUCAUUAUUUCAGAAUCAUGUAUUCAGGUAAUAAAUACGAAUUAUUGGACAAAUUUUCCUUAUUUACCAUUAAAAAUCAAGAAAAUACUGAUGAUUUCUCAGAGCAUAUAAAUUAAUAAUUAUUGAUUUAAGCAAACCCUGAAAAACUGCUCUAUGGUAUUUGUCUCUCUGUUUAUGAUUUUAUUGAAACUACUCCUGAUAAUAUUAAAUUAACAUUUGAAAAUAGAAAAAAACGAAUUUUUUGGAAAUAUAAAAAAACUUAUUGUUUUCUAACUUAUUUUCCCUUUUAUGAAUUAUUCCAAGAUUUAUUAAUUUCUAUCAUCAGUAAUUUAGUACUAAAAUUAUUUUCUAGACUUAAUUAAAAUCAAUAGAACUGAUCGGUAUUUAAAGAAAUAUUCAGAAGAAUACGAAGUUCUUAAGGACGUUGAUGGUUAGUAAAUCAUACUUGUAUUUAUUAUUUUUUUUAUUAUUUUAGGAAUUUUAAGAUGAAUUGACUAAAUUCUUAAAUUUAAUUUAAUCAAUCAAACCCAUGUUAGGCCAUCAAUAAUUAGAAGUCUAAACAUUAGCAGGUACACUUAAAUAUAGAAUUCCUAAUCAAUUAUAAUUGGAUAUAGAAUUAAGAUUGUGGAGUGCCAAUGUCACUUUAUAAAUUUUAAAUUUCAAAGAAAUCUUAACUAUAUUCUUGGCAAUGAUUUCUGAAAUCUCAAUUAUUUUUGUUUGUGAAAAAGGCAAUAUCUUAACUUCAAUUAUGUAUUAAAUUUUACAAUGAUUAGCCAUUUUUUUCAUCAUUUAGUUCGUCCAUUAGAAUGGACACAUGGAAUCAUUUAUAAUGUACCUGAAUAAUUAACAACUAUGAUUCAAUCCCCAGUUCCAAUUAUUAUCGGAGUCAAUCUUAUAGAAAGUGAUUUCAAUACAUUGGGUCUUUCUGAGAAUUGUGAAAAUCAUUUGUUUGUAUUUUUGGAUCGCGAUAAAGAAAAUAAAUUUCUUGCCAAACCUCCUAAUCUAAUGAAGGACAUAGCCACUCCUUCAUUUGGGGGUUUAUUACAUUUUAUAGAGGGCAUACUUAAAAAUUAAACUAAUUUACGUAAUCCUAGGUAAAAAUGGAUAAUUUUUAUUAAUUAGUCCAAGCAUUAGACAAGCCUCAAAUAAACAUGAAGAUAAAAAGAUAAUCAAGUUCUAUUUUGAUGAUUAAGAUUAAAGUAAAAGCAAAUAAGUACUUGAAACCUUUAGAAAAAUGAUUAAUGAUUAUAUCAUCUCUAAAUUGCCAUAAUUAAAUGAAGAUGGUGUCAAAGUAAAUAAUUUAACAUUUAAAUUAGGAUGGGGAUGUUGCUAAUUUGAAAUUUAUUGAACAUUACUUAAUCCAAGAUUCUGAUCCAAAGGAUAAAAAGUUCAUUUAAAAUCUAUUUAAGACUUAACAUUUCUAAUAUUUUAUUUAAUAGCAUUAUUGUGAUUAGGUUUGA